UUGAAGUUCAAAUUGAAAAUCUUGGUGCACAUUUAAAUGCUUAUACAUCACGAGAACAAACUGCUUAUUAUGCUAAAUGUUUUAGUAAAGAUUUACCACAAAUUGUGGAAAUUUUAUCGGAUAUAAUUCAAAAUAGUCAAUUUAAUGACGAAGAAAUUGAACGUGAACGUCAUACAAUUUUACGUGAAAUGGAAGAAAUUGAAAAUAAUCAUCACGAAGUCAUUUUCGAUCAUUUACAUGCAACUGCUUAUCAAGGAACACCAUUAGCUAGAAGUGUUCUUGGUUCUACGGACAAUAUUAAAUCUAUUAAUAAAUCAGAUUUACUUAAAUAUCUUGGAACACAUUAUAAAGCACCACGAAUGGUUUUAGCUGCUGCUGGUGGUGUUAAUCAUGAUCAAUUAGUUCGCUUAAGUGAAGAACAUUUUGGAAAAUUAAAAGCUGGUUAUCAAGGAGAAGUACCUGAUCUUUUACCAUGCCGUUUUUCGGGUAGUGAAAUUCGUAUUCGUGAUGAUGAAAUGUCAUUAGCUCAUAUUGCCGUUGCUGCUGAAAGUCCAGGUUGGGCUCAUGCUGAUACUAUUCCAUUGAUGGUUGCAUCGACUAUUGUUGGCAAUUGGGAUAGGUAA